GCAUGGAAGUAGCUGUGCCUAGCUCCCCACUAGACAGAACACCGAGACAAACAUCGCCCACCUCUGCACCUUUCGUCCAGACGCUAUUCCUUCCUGUUCCCAGAAGUGACGAUUUAGCAACUGAUCUUAUUACCACACGCAGAAUGACAACCUACACAACGAACCACGCGCCCUCUGUCCUACAAACCCACAGCUGGCGCACAGCCCAGAACUCCGCCCCGCACCUCCUGCCGCACCUCCAGCCGGGCCUGAAGAUCCUCGAUAUCGGCUGCGGCCCGGGCUCCAUAACCGUCGACCUCGCGCGCCUCGUCGGGCCUACUGGCCACGUUACCGGGAUCGAGUACGUUUCCGACCCGCUGGACUCCGCGGCGGCGCUCGCGGCCUCGAGCGGGAUCACCAACGUCACAUUCCAGGUCGGCGAUAUUCACGCGCUGCAGUUCGAUGACGAUACCUUUGACGUCGUGCAUGUGCACCAGGUUCUGCAGCACAUCAGAGAUCCGGUGCAAGCGCUCCGCGAGAUGCGACGGGUUGUUAAACAAGGCGGGAUCGUGAGCGUGCGCGAGUCGGAUACAAUGUCUUGGUAUCCGUGCAACCAAGGGAUCCAGGAUUGGCUGGAUCUAACAGGGCGGAUGGCGAGCGCAAAGGGCGGGAAUCCACAUCCUGGACGGAAGAUCCAUGUCUGGGCCGUGGAGGCUGGCUUUGAGAGGGAGCGGAUUGAGAGGAGUGCGGGGACCUGGUGCUUUAGCACUCCUGCUGAGCGGGAGUAUUGGGGCGAGAGCAUGGCCAGGCGGAUGGAGAGCUCGGGGUUCAGCGAGGGGGCAGUCCGCGACGGGUUUUCAAGUCAGGAAGAGCUGCGCGCCAUUGCGAGAGGGUGGAGGGAGUGGGUUGCGCAUGAGGAUGGGUGGUUUGGGCUGUUGCAUGGGCAGAUUCUAUGUUGGAAGUAG